AUGGAAGUUUAUGAAAAUUUAGAGACAACGACAAACAUGAACCAAAAAAUCAAGAAUGGUGGUCCUAGAAUAUGCAAACGCACUACUGGUUGUUGGACAAGAGUGGAACCAGCUACUGGUAUGCUAGAACCACUGGGAGCGUCCCAAGAAUUAAGACUGGAUAAUGUAAUUUAUCAAGAAGGCGGUGAAUACCGCUGCGUUGGGCCUACAAAGGAAGCAACGAGAAGAUUGGAUUUUCUGAGAAACGCCAUGUCUGUACAAGUACUUGUAACAGGUCCUGACGAAAUACCUGUAGACAUAAUACGGUUAAUAGAAGAACAGCAAAUUGGAAUAUUGGUCGACUUAUGGUCCCUGUCAUACAAUACAGCACAACAACAAGAAGAACCACAAAUGAGCCAAACAACAACAAGAGCUCCACUCGCUGAAGGUGCUGCGCUGGAACAUCAGCCGGCGCUCACUCAAGCGGGACGACCGAGGCAGCGAUUAGAUGCCAAAAUUAUGCUAUACCAGUUGCUUAAGAAUGUGAACUGGUUGACUUAA